UUGCAGGCUGGUGAAGCUCUUGUUACUGUGUUUUUUAAAAGCUCAAGCAAGCAUCACCCAUCCCCAUGUGCCAGUGGUCACCUGGAGGCAGCAGCAAGGGCCAUUGAGGCACACAAGGGUUUUUUUUUUGGCAGAGAGGAAACACCUGUGGUGAGAGAAGAGAACCACGAGUUGGUAAAACAAAUAAAAAGCAAAGCACACACUGGACAUUGGGCUCUCACAUGAAGUUUCUGCUCACAGACCACCUGCCCUGCACAAAGAGAUUUGCAAUUGCAAAGAAGAAUUAAACAAAGAAUUGCAAAGAGGACCAUCAAGCACCUGGAGGACCCAGCUGUGUGCCAGCAGCACGUGUGCUUGGAGAUAAAUGAUCUGUGUAUCUAUGCCAUGAAACACCUGUGUCUCACUUGCUGGGCAACAAAAUAGUCCAGGCUCUGCCACCACACGAGACCCCUUGAGUGUGCUAAGGAGGCAGAAUCCCUGCCAAGAAAAGCAAAGUGCAGCCUGCACCAAAAGCAUGGGACUCGCCCAUAACUUCUGCAGAGCUGGAGCUGCUCUGGGUCCCCACAGGGCUGGGGACAGCAGGCUGUGGUGGCUGAUCCCACCUCAGCCAUGAGCAGCAUCACUGGAUGUCUAGGGAAGGCAUCCAGGAUAAAGCCUUGAGGCACCAUUAAGAACUGAUAAGGAUGUAUGAACUCUGGACAAGACACUAAUUUCUUCAGGAAUCUUCUUUUUCCUCCUUACGCCGCAGAUGCCGAGCAUCACCUCCUUACCCAAGAGGGUCCUGGUGACAUCACAUCCUCCCCAAAGAGUGACAGAGCCUCCCAAGCCAAGUGACAAAGAUCUUCUCAGCUGCUCUGCACCAGCCCCAAGCACAGGCACCCCAGGAGAAGAUGGACACGUCUCCUGCCCUGCUCCUGCUGCUCACUCUGGGAUUCUGCUGCCCUGGGAUUUAUGGCCAGUCACUUGAGAUAAAGGUCAGGUCUCCUAAGGACAUCGGCCAGCUCCGGGUAGGACAGAAGCUGGAGCUGGAGUGUCACACUGACAGGAGCCAUGGGGCAUCCUGGAUCCGCCAGGACAGGAGUGGGACCCUUCACUUCAUUGUCUUCAUCAGUUCCCUGUCCAGGACCACGUUUGAGAGGAAUGAGAAAACAUCCCCUCGCUUUGAGGCGAGCAAAGACAACACGAUCUAUCGGCUGGCAGUGAAAUCUUUCACACCACAGGACGAGGGGAGAUAUUUCUGUGUGAUGAUUCUCAACCAAAUGCUGCACUUCAGCCCUGGCCAGCGUGCCUUCCUUCCAGCCACCACCACAGUGGCACCCAGCACACCAGCACCCACCACCCAGGGGAGCACCACUGAGGAUUCCAACCCCACAACUCCAGAUCCAGAGGGAAGGAUGCAGGAAGAUCUGAAUUUCUUCUGCCACAUCUUCAUCUGGGUGCCCUUGGCAGGGGCCUGCCUCCUGCUCCUCCUUGCCCUGGUGAUCACCAUCGUGCUGUGCCAACAAACCAGAAGACGAAGAUGCAGGUGUAAGAGACCUGCACACGGGAAGCCCCCCACGAAACCCAGGACACCAAACUAGCACAGAUCAGCAUCUCCAUCUCCUGGCUUCUGGAUCUUCUCCUGGGAGCUGUCAGCACAGAAAUCCAUCUCCUACCUUAUCCACAAGGCCACAGCACCUCAGCCACUCUGCCCUGACAGGUUUGAGGAGACGAGAGGGAGCACGGACACACGGACAAGGAGCAGCAGUUCCUGUGAGCUGCAGGGUCAAGCACAGCUCCUUCCACACCCUGAGCUCCUCCAGGCAAUGCCAGGGUCAAGCACAGCUCCUUCCACACCCUGAGCUCCUCCAGGCAAUGCCAGGGUCAAGCACAGCUCCUUCCAACCCCUGAGCUCCUCCAGGCAAUGCCAGGGUCAAGCACAGCUCCUUCCAACCCCUGAGCUCCUCCAGGCAAUGCCAGGGUCAAGCACAGCUCCUUCCAACCCCUGAGCUCCUCCAGGCAAUGCCAGGGUCAAGCACAGCUCCUUCCACACCCUGAGCUCCUCCAGGCAAUGCCAGGGUCAAGCACAGCUCCUUCCACACCCUGAGCUUCUCCAGACAAUGCCAGGGGCCAAAAGCCACCUCUGCUCCCAGGGCCAGGGCUCAGGCACUAGAGCCAGGCCAGUCCUGGUGCUGACCCACCUCAGUGAGAAGCUGGUGAGAAAUAAGGACAGGAGCUGGACCUUUGCUCAAGGCUCUGUGUGAUUUCCUCCCAAAAUGCAGCCAGAGGUGGAAUUUGCCACACAAAGCCUUAGAAAUAAUUAUCCUCACUCAACACAUCUUCUUGUUGUGGAGCCUCUCUCCUAGGGCUUUGUUUCAUGUAAUGGAAUACAAGACUGCUUUCAGAAGGUAAAUAUGGAUUCAUUGCCUUACUUUUGAGGUUUUUACAGUCCUGGGGGCUGAGGUUCACUGCUCCCCUCACACUUGUUCUGCUGCUACCCCUGAUCCACCUAUUUCUGCAGGAGUUUGGCCUGAGUAAGGAAAGUGGGAUUUGCUUUCUUUCCGAGGGAAAUGCCUGAAUGAUUAAAAAAAUUGUUUUGGUUAAGCAGGAUGUUUAACAUGUUGAUAUUUUUGGGACAUGUUAUGGACUACUGCGAGUUCUGUUUUUUCAGAUCUGUAUUUCAUGUAAAUAUUUCCUUAGUAUACAUGCAAUUUAAGAACUGAGAUAUAAAAUAAAAUUAUUCUAGUCAGA